ACUCAGAGACGGCGCAGGCUACCGAGUUGGGCGACUUACGUAAGACAAUGGCGGGGGAGACGCCUGCCGCUGCCAGUGCUUGGACGUCGAACGGCUGCUGCCCUAUGCCCGCCAUUCUGCGCUAACAUAUCUUUAUUUCUCCUCUUGCUGGAACUUUGGAGGGCCCAUGCCCGGUGUGACGGUCCUGCCGCCAGCCUCAGCUCUAGGAGGUCUCCCCUCAUCCAGGAUGCAAAAUGGAUCCAGCACUUCUCACAACGGCACCGUCGCGGAGAUCAAGGAGGUAGCAAAAGAGCAGGCGCAAAAGGUCAAGGGCGCAUCCGCCAUGUCGCUCCUACGCAAUGCACGCUCGCAGAUCACCCAUGCGCGCGAGUAUGAGCUGAACGGCGAUCUCAAGAACGCCCUCAGCGCGCUCACCAAGGCCGUCUCGCUCGCGUCCAUGGUCAUCGAAUCGGCUGAGUUCAAGGCAGAAAAGCAGCCUGGGAAGCGGGGCGUGCUUCACAAAGAGUUCCUCGAGUUCCAGCAGCGCGAAGGCGGGGAGUUGCAGGCCAGGAUGAAGAACCUAGAGGCGAAGUUGAUGGACCAGGAGAAGCUUCAAGCAUCGACAAGCAACGAGGACGAGGCGGAGAGCCCCGGACGCGCCGUAGGCACCAGCAUAGCGGACCGGAUUCGCUCGCUGCAGAGUGGUGGUCUAGCAGUGUCGGCCAACAAGCGUCUCUCGCGCGAGGUCGCCUCCCCGGCGCUGCCGUCGCCGACACUGCCAGAAAUGCCAGUGCUUAAGCCGCAGCGCAUCUCCUUGCACACCUUACCCUCACCGCCUAGCUUCACCCAGCUUGCCUCACCCACCUUCGCGAGCGCGGCAGCGCCGUCGCCCCAUGCCCUCGUCCCGACGUCGAGCUUUGGCCCACCCUCGCCAUCCUCGUCGACGUCAUCCUCGCCCCGCAUGUCGCACAUGAGCCUGUCGGAGUUUGCGACAUCGUUUCCUUCCAUCGACGAGCUAGAGGAGCAUGAUGUAUUGAAGCUGCCCUCCGUACCAACGGGUUCGAGUGCGGGGCGAGCAGACAAGUCGCCGUUCAUCCCUCCACGCUUCCCUGUGCUACCAAUGGAUCCUGGCCCGCGUCCAUCGAGUACACCCAUACCUCCCACGAUUGACACCUUCAAUAGCCGUCCUGCAUCUCCCGCGCGCUCCCCGCUAUCUCCCACAGUGCCUCGCAAGCCGUCUGGGCUCUCACUUCGCUCGUCCUCGUCGAGGUCGCCCGUAUUGCCUCCGUCUACUCCUUCGUCAGAGAAGGGCCCAGAUGGACCUGUCACGACUGUCUUGUUCCCGAAGACUCUGAUGGAGUACAGCAAGCGGCCAAACUUCAAGGUGCUACUGCUAGACGUUCGUACGAGGGCGGAGUUUGAGAGGGAGCACAUCAAGACAGACGAGGUGGUAUGCAUCGAGCCUAGCGUCCUCCUGCGACCCGACGUAUCAGCACAGAGCAUCGAGGACGCGCUCGUGGUCGCGCCACGCACCGAGCAUGUGCUCUUCUCGAACCGCGACAAGUUCGACCUCGUCGGCAUCUACGACGACGCCUCGGACACGUUCGGCGACGCGAACUCGCCGCUCUCCGUGCUCACGCACGCCAUCUACGAGGUCGCGUUCCGCAAGUUCCUCAAGCACCCUCCCGUGCUCCUCGUCGGCGGCCUCCAGGCGUGGAAGCGCGAGUACGGCGAGGCGGAGGUCGAGCGCGGCGCGGGGAGCACGGCGAUGGGCUCGGGCAGCGUGGCGGGCUUGGUCAAUGGCGUGCCGUCGAUGAGUCUGAAUGGGCUGUCGUCGCCGCCCCCACCGUCGCCCUAUGUUGAGCAGAAGUUUACAGGGCAUGUGCGCACGCCGGCGGAGACCGCGUCGAUCCACUCAGCGGUUCCUGUUUCGAGCGGUGGCCAGGCUUUGGUGGGACGUCAUAGAGCAGGGACGGAGUCGGCAGUAGAUCUGCAAUCACGCAAGUUGCCUGUGGUGCCUAACGGACACUACACUGGUGAUCAUCCUGUGUCAAUCAGACCCAACCCAGAUGCCCCCCUCUCCCCUACGAUCGACCCUGCACGGCGGCUCGUGCGCAAGCCCGCCAUGACGCGCUCCAUGUCAAACUCCAUAUCAUAUCCGUACAACCCUUCUCCCGCAAUACCCGAAAACUCUGUUACCCAGCACGUCUCCCCGACGCCCGCCGUCAACGGAACGACACCAAUCCAAUACCCAACCGUCGUGCGCCAUAUAUCCCCGCAAGUAUCUGGAUCGUCCUUCUCUUCGUCUGCCGGCGCCGUGCCCUUGCCCCCGCAGGCGUCCAUCAACCCCUCGCCGCUCUCACGGCGGCGGAGCGACUAUGUCGACCAGUCGCAGGAAGCGUUGUCCGGGCUGGCCUCGCGUGCGUCGAUAGACUACCCCGACCUGUCUUCGCAGCAUAUCCUGCGGCCACCGCCCGCCGUCGCGUCCUCCAGCAUGGAGCGCCAGGACAACCGGCCGCGGCUCAUGCAGAGUGCGUCGUAUGGCCUCGCGAAUGGCUCGCUCGUCAAUGGGAUGCCGAGGCCGCCGACGAUCCCGUCGGACUACCCGGUCACGUACUGGUCGGACAUCCAGAUCGGAACGUCCGGGUUGAAGAACCUGGGGAACACGUGUUAUAUGAAUUCUACGAUACAGUGUCUGAGUGCGACGGUGCCCUUCGCACGGUUCUUCACCGAUGGACGCUGGAAGAGCGCUGUCAACAUGAUGAACCCGAUGGGGACCAAGGGCAAUCUCGCUCAGGCGUUUGCAAAUAUUCUGCGGGAUAUGUGGCAGGGCGAAUCGCAAUGUUUGAUGCCGGUGACGUUUAGACGGUCUAUCUGCACCUACGCUCCGCAAUUCGGUGGCACCGAGCAACACGAUUCGCAGGAGUUCCUCAACUUCCUCCUGGACGGUCUCCAUGAAGACCUGAACCGCGUGUUGCAAAAGCCACAGUUGGACACGACGCCCGAGCGAGAAGCGGAGCUCGAGAAGCUGCCGGUGCAGAUUGCGAGCGAGCAGGAGUGGCAGAUCUGGCGGAUGCGUAAUGACAGCCUCGUCGUCGACUUCUUUCAGGGCCAAUUCCGCAACCGCCUUGAGUGCUUGACGUGCCAUAAGACGUCGACGACGUAUAACACGUUCAUGUAUUUGACACUGCCCAUUCCAUCGGGUCGGGCCCUGUCGCACGUUUCUCUUAACUCAUGCUUAGACGCGUUUGUCAAGGAAGAGGUCAUGGAGAAGUCGGAUGCAUGGCACUGUCCACAUUGCAAGGCAAUGCGGAAAGCGACGAAGACCCUGUCGUUGUCACGGCUGCCCCCGGUCCUCAUGAUCCACCUGAAGCGGUUCUCUUCAAAAGGUCACUUCACCGAUAAGGUCGAGACCUUUGUCGACUACCCGCUGAAGAACCUCGACCUCACCAACUACAUGCCGCCGCCAUUACCACCGGGUGUACACAAUGGCCAACAGUUGUCUCGCGACGAUCCCCGAGCGCAGAUCCCGCCGUACAAGUAUGAUCUGUACGGCGUGACGAAUCACUUCGGGACCCUGAGCAGUGGACAUUAUACUGCGUUCAUCUCGUCGCGGGGCGGAUGGCUAUACUGCGAUGACAGUCGUAUCUCUCAGGCUGACCCCAAGGACGUAGUGGGCAAGCCGGCGUACAUGUUGUUUUACAAGAGGAUCAAACCCUAAGCUAUUAUUUACUAACCCGGCAUCUUUCGCGCUCAUAUCUUUUCGCUGUCAGUGUAUCUUCGUAUCCCAUUGCAUUGGAUAAUCCCCUCUAUAACAAUAGUACAUGUAAUCGUGUA